GCUGCAGUUUUCUUAGGAUUUUACCAUUUUACUUUACCAGUGCCCCAAUAUUUCAAAGUGUUUAGUGCAAAUUUCAUCUAGCUUAGCUGCUCAGCAGAAUGUCAUCGCUCAUUUUGCAGACUUUUCGUCGGCAGCUGUUGCUGCGAGCUAAAAUUUCAAGAAACCUCACAAGUUUGCCCAUUCGUUGUGUCCUCCAGCGAGAAGGGAUCCUACCGAAAAUCGUCAGCAUCCACACUUGCAGCCUUCUUCCAAACAAAACAACGCUGCAGGACGAUGUAUCGCUACUGGUAGCUAAGCAGGAUCCAGACACAUUUGGGACAUUAUCACCUUCGGUUUCGGAGCCCGAAGUAGUGGAUGAGGGAGACUUGCGUGAGGAAAAUUUUCUGCAAAAUUUACCAUCCCGAUCGCAAAAGCUCAGUACAAAGCAAUAUGCAGAUUUAAUAAAGGAUCAUUUGAAAAAUAAUCGAGUUAAGGAGGCGAUUGAUGUUUUGGAAGUCCGCAUGAAGGAGGACCGGGUGAAACCGAUUAAUUAUCUGUUCAACUUAGUGAUUGGAGGUUGCGCUCGUGUUGGCUACAGCAAGAAAGCCUUCCAGCUGUAUAAUAAGAUGAAACAACACGGUUUAAAAGUGACUGGUGGAACAUACACUUCACUUUUCAAUGCUUGUGCCAAUUCACCGUUUUUAAGCGAUGGGCUGCAUAAGGCCAAUCGUUUAAGGGAAAUCAUGAUCGAAAAGGGUUACGAACCAAAUGAAUCUAAUUACAAUGCAAUGAUUAAAGCUUACGGAAGAUGUGGAGAGCUGAAAACAGCAUUUCAGUUGGUUGAUGAUAUGAUAGCGAAGAGAUUGAACGUAGAAACUGACACUUUUAACUUUCUUCUACAAGCCUGUAUCAGCGAUGAAGAGUUUGGCUUCCGGCAUGCUUUACUGGUGUGGCACAAAAUGUACCGCAUGAGGUCACUACCGGAUAUCUACUCUUUCAAUUUGCUAUUGAGAUGUGUCCGGGACUGUGGAUUGGGUGAUUUGGAAACCACCGAAAAAGUUAUUGAACAGAUUCUUUAUCGGCAUAAACCAGUACUUCCAGAGGAAAAACAUGAGGACCGCAUCUGCAUUGACGACGGCAACAGUGAAAUUUCUCACAAUGCCAGUGAGUCUCAGUUAGCUAACAUUAAUCAAGAAGCCAUUUCGGAAGGUGCCCCUAACCUUCUGUCGCGGAAACCACACCUUGGUAGUUUGAUUGCUUUGGGAGAAAUUCGUAAACCAGAAGACCGGCUUAUAUUGCUAGGAGGUCCACAGGGAUUUCUACACGAAAUGGAACUCGCCAAAGUGCAACCAGAUAUUAAAACUAUGACCGAACUGCUGGAAGUCAUUCCUCCAACAAACGUGGCCGAAAAGCAAAUUCUUUCCACGGUUCGUCGCUACGGAAUUCGCUGUGAUAUCGACUUUUUCAACAUCCUCAUCAAGAAACGGUCGAUGCGCUUCGACUACGAUUCUGCCCGGGAAGUUCUCACCAUGAUCAAAACUGCACGACUCGAGCCGGAUAUUGUAACGUACGGUGUCCUGGCGCUUGGUUGUCGAAACCAAGAGGAGGCACAGUCAUUGUUGAGGGAGAUGUCCGAUGCUGGUGUGCGGCCAAACAUUCAAAUCCUAGGGGCGAUGUUGCGACAGGGAAUGGCCACGCAAAAUUUCCGCUACGUAACUGGGAUGUUGCAAAUUGUGCAUCAGCUGCGCCUGAAACCGAACGAGAAGUUUUUGCAACAUUUGGAAAAUUUCAACAAAAAAUGCGAAAAACUGAGUCAAGAUUAUGAGCAAAACCCGCGCAAGGCAAAUUAUGAGAAUUUUAAACUGGAAUGCAAUCGGUACAAGCUUAAGCUGGACUACUGGAAGGAACAGAUGGGACUACAGGGUCUCGAUUGGGACACUGCGCGGGGGAUUGUACGAGAGCAUCCGUGGGAGCAGUUCAAACAACCGCAGGCUGACGGUUUCGAGGCAACCAAAAAUCCUAAAUUGCGGCAUAAAAAGAAGAAACAUCAUUCGAUACGUAAAUUAGUUGUGGACGAAUCGACCAGUGACGAUCGGGUGGCAGAGGCUAAACGAUUAGAGUAAAU